CCGAACGGCUUGCGACCAUGGCCGGCUUCCUGCGCGAUGCGGUCGACGUGUUGCUGUACGAUGCGGAAGACGUCGUGGACAAUCUGGCGGUCUGCGUUGGGCUGGUGAAUGGACGUGCCAAUUGUAUUGCGGAGUUCGGAUUGAGGUACACGACGGUAGUGCAACGGUUCGGCUUGAUGUUGGGCGAUACGAUGAAGUUCUAUGCGGAAGAGUUCGCUGCCAGUGGCGAACGGUUGGGUGCGUGUGUAGUUUCCAGCCAGCACAAGACACUUAGCAGUGUGGCACGACUGCACCAGCGGGUUGAAACGUGCCAGGAGAUGCAUUGAAAUAAAUGUUUGAUGAUCCA